AUGGAAACGCAUAUCGAACAAACCCCUGUUGGAGAGCGCCAAGGCAACCACGCUGAGGGUGCCAUCGAACGCAUCCGACAGCUAACAGGGACCAUGUUGGCUGAGCUUGAGGAUCGAUUGAAAAUCCAAAUCAAGACGUUCGACCCGCUGCAUCACUGGUGCUGGCGCCACGCCAGCUGGACUCUCCAGCUUUUUGGUGUCACACAAAACCUAACGCCGUGGGAGAGAGUGCAUGCAUCCCCAUAUGGAGGCAAACUUGUCCGUUUCGCAGAGUGCGUCCUGGCACGCGUGAAAACUGCCACAAAGGGCAAACCACGGUGGCUUCGGGCCAUGUGGCUGGGCAAAUCAGAUGUUUCUGAUUGUCACCUGUUUGCACUUCAUCAGGUCGUCUUGUGGUUGCUAGAUCUGUCCGACGCACCACGUGUGUCGGAGCAAGCCGAAAUCAACUUCAACCAAAGCCUGUUACAGGAGAAGGUCCGGGCAGUGGGAGUGAGGAACAUUCACAACCUUCCAGACUUCCAUCACGUGCAGCUGCAGCACCUCCCGAGAGUUCAUGAAAGGGCUGAAAUUGGGGAGGAUAGUCAGGAGUCCAAGCGUCAGAGGAUCCGUGCAGUGAAUGCCCAUCACCACAACGACGAGGUUGUUCACCUUGAGGACCUAGAACUUGACUCAGAUGCUGAUCUCAGCGAGUCAGUUGAGGAUCCACCCGCUUGGAAUGCAUCCGACAACUUUGAGGAUGCAGGAAACAUCCCUGAGGAGUUGUGGAGGCCGUCUGGGGCCGGUGAGCCUCAGCUCUCGACUGAAGAAUUGGAAGCAUUCGAGUUAGCCCGACUCGAAGCCAUGUGUGUUCUUGAAAGGCUGCCACAGCUGACUUCAGCGCCUCAGCACCAAAAUGGUCAAAACGUGGAGAAUAAAACCAUCUCCACGCGGUGUUUGCACCUGCCUCGUCUAAUGCGCUGCUACGAGUCCUGCCGGCUUGUCGCACGGCAGCCAGAGCAUUGGACAGCGCUAUCCUUAGAUGUCGCAGAUGCCUACCUCACGGUUCCGCAAGCCGUGGACACCGUAGUAUCCAUUUGGGUGCGAGGUGAACAAAGGCGCUAUAGACUCCUUAGAAACCUUCCAGGUCAGCGUUCAGGUGCCAAGGACUGGUCUGAAGCAUUCCAGUCAUACUUGAUAGAGAAGCUGGCCAUUGAGCCGCUUGCAGAAGCUCCAGCCCUGUUCUUCAUUCCUGGGAGUUCAGAUGAGGGCUAUGGCGGGGGAGGCGGGGGUCUGUGCCAUGUUGAUGACCUUUUCGCAGUUGGAGCCGAUCCAACAACGCAAAGGCUUAGCGAAUGUGUGAGGGCCAAGUACCGAUGCACGAUUUCCUUCUUGAAGCAGCCUGGUGAUGAGAUCAACUUCUUGAAGAGGAAGCACAAGUGGGCAUUGAGUGACGUGCUAGCCAUCAUGCCCAACCCGAAGCAUGUAGAAGGUCUUGCUGUGUUGCUUGGUGUUUGUGCGCAACGUCCUAGGGACAGUCCCUUGCCCACAGGCGGAACCCUUCCGCUGUGGAUACAGCUUGCGCCCCUUGACGAUGUCAGGUCAGGGAUCUACAGAAUGUGCAUCGGGGUACUUCUGUAUGUGUCCAGCGAUUAUCCUGCAGCCCAGUUUGGCGUAAAGACGCUAAGCAGCAUGUGUGGGAAGCCAAACGAAGGGGCAUGGCGAUGCCUCAGGCAUCUGGUGAACUAUAUGUUCUUGCCUUCGGACUGA